UAAGCUGGCGGCAACAGUUACUUCAUACCAUGGCAGCGAAGUCUCUGGUGCCUGUUUUUUCAGAGCCGGCACAGCUUAUCAAUGCUGGAGCAGUCAGAGUUUCCAGUUUCUUUUGUUCCUUUCACAAGAAGAGGAAAUGACAUUGACGAAACUUGCUCCCAGUCGGUCCCAUAUACACUGUUUUCAUAUCAUAGAGACUUGCAAGGUAUUAAAAACAGUGGCCAUUCUCUGAGGGCGUUUUUGAGGAUCCUGUCUUGGAUUAGGAGAAGACAAAAAUGACAACUUCAUCCAUCAGGCGGCAGAUGAAAAACAUUGUGAACAAUUACUCAGAGGCCGAAAUAAAAGUUCGGGAAGCAACCUCAAAUGACCCCUGGGGUCCGUCCAGCUCGUUAAUGACUGAAAUUGCAGAUCUAACAUACAACGUGGUGGCUUUUUCAGAAAUCAUGAGCAUGAUCUGGAAGCGGCUGAAUGACCACGGGAAGAACUGGAGGCAUGUUUACAAGGCUUUAACACUGUUGGAUUACCUGAUUAAAACUGGGUCGGAGCGGGUGGCACAGCAAUGCAAGGAAAACAUCUUUGCAAUCCAGACUUUGAAGGAUUUUCAGUACAUUGACCGGGAUGGUAAGGACCAGGGCAUCAAUGUACGUGAGAAGUCCAAGCAGUUGGUAUCUCUCCUGAAGGAUGAUGAACGGCUCAAGAUGGAGAGAGCCCAGGCACUGAAGACCAAAGAGCGUAUGGCGCAGGUGGCCACCGGGGUUGGUAGUAACCAGAUCACCUUUGGCAGAGGUUCCAGCCAGCCUAAUCUCUCCACCAGCUAUUCGGAGCAAGAGUACGGCAAGUCUGGAGGCUCUCCAGCAUCUUACCAUGGGUCUACAUCACCCCGAGUGUCUUCAGAGCUGGAGCAGGCGCGACCCCAGACCAGCGGGGAGGAAGAGCUCCAGCUGCAGCUGGCGCUGGCCAUGAGCAGGGAAGUCGCAGAACAGGAAGAGCGCCUUCGUCGUGGGGAUGAUUUGAGACUACAGAUGGCUUUGGAGGAAAGUCGCAGAGAUACUGUUAAAGUUCCCAAAAAGAAAGAGCACACAGCUCUGUUGGAUCUCAUGGAUGCGUUGCCUGCCUCAGCGUCGGUUCCCCAGAAGAAAGCGCCUUGGGGCCCCUCAAGUGCAGCGGACCAAACAGAUCCUUGGGGGGGUCCAGCUGGCAGCAGGACAACCUCGGACCCGUGGCAAUCGUUUGGUGCCAAACCAGCAGCCUCUGUUGAUCCAUGGGGAGGCCCAACAGCCUCAUCUGUUGCCCAGCCUCCCCCAAAGAACAUAGACCCCUGGGCUCCCUCACAGCCACCCUCUGUGGCAACAAAAGACCCCUGUGACCCUUGGGGACCAGCACCAGCCAACAAGCCUAUUGCUGCUUCAGGUAGCAAAUCUUUCGACCUUUUCAGCAAUUUGAAUGGAGCGAUUAAAGAUGAUUUUUCUGAAUUCGACAGCCUUCGAACUGCUAAGAAGCAAGCUGAUUCAGGUUCCACGUUGUCGGCACACAACAGCGGCUCAACCAGCCCAGACCUCUUCGAGUCUCAGCCUGCCAGUUUGGUGUCAAGUAAGCAGAGCGCGGCACGGAAAACGCCCGAGUCUUUCCUGGGCCCCAACGCCGCUCUGGUGAACCUGGAUUCUUUGGUAUCCAAGCCGCCUCCACCCGCCCCUUCGCUGAACCCGUUCUUAGCUCCAGGGACGGUAGCAGCUCCUUCAUCCACUCCAGCUGCAGUCAACCCCUUCCAAGUCAACCAGCCUCAACCCCUCACUCUCAAUCAGAUGCGGUCGAGUCCCGUCAUGGGAAGCAGCCCGUCCUUCAGCGCCCUGCCGGCUGUGGGCAUGGAGCCCGUACCUCUGCCUUCUGUGGCCCCCGUGGCGAUGGCCGUGGCCCCCAUGCCAGCCAUGGGCACAGUGGCGUCUCUUGCCAGAAUGGGACCCCCGGGGAUGAGCGUGGGCCUCGUCGGGCCAGUGGUGCAGCCGCUUCACAGCGCCGGAAUCGCCCCCUCGGCCUCCCAGGCUGCAAAUGCCACUAACCCCUUCCUGCUAUAAAAAAAGCCCCCCCCCCAGUGGGUGGAACUUGAGUUAUGGAAAGGUUUGCAGAACUGAGCCAAGCGUCAAAGGCUGGCUUGGGUUCAGCCAUGCGUGCAAGAAGACUCGGGGAGAUGUAGGUGUGUGCAGUUUGUCUUGUGGAAGAGCUUCAGUCAUGGCUCGCCAUUUAAUCUCAGCCUUGCAUUUUCUGCAUAAGGUACUUUUCACGGUGGGGCUUGUGAACACACAGCAUAAAACGUUCAGACUUAGUCACCAAUGUCAGGUUUCUUUUCCCUUUCUGCCCCCACCCCCACCCCAACCCCCAGUCCUCUCGACAACCUCCAUUCUUCUUCUUCUUUUUUGUUAAAACAUUUCAGUGUUAUAGGAAAAAACAGGCCCUUUAAAAUAGUCUCCUUCGCUUUUAUUUUGUAUAAGCUACGACCCAAACCCGUCUGAACCUGUUGCUUGUAAAGAAUAGAUUGGAAACUCAGAAGUGCUAGUGAAUGUGUUUGCACAUAAACCAUAUACUCUUUUUAGACUGUUGGUUCACCCAUAGUCCUUAUACAUCUUAGGAGGGGAGGAGGAAAAAGGAAGGAGAAUUCGGGGUGCACAGAAAUGAUGUAUAAAUAUAUAUUACAUAUUUUCCUUGCACAUGAAAAUGUAGUUCAAAACUGGACCCUUUUCUCUCCCUGCCAUCGGGAGAGGAAGGUUGGAGUCUGUGCAAAAGGCAAGCUUUUUUAAUGGUCGUUGUUGAAAUCCAACAGGUGUGUGCUGUUUGUAUGAAGUCUUGAAUUUCCGUCUUUCCAAGGACUUGUCAAACACUUCUGUCUGAACGGCCCUUAAUGCUGUCCUGGUGUCCAGGAGUGUUUCUGCUCUGUGCUUGUCCGGUAGUGACUUCAUUUGGAAAUUGCAGUGUGCGUGUAUGUAUGUUUUCGUCGUCGUUCUUACUUGACUCGAGAUGCAAGUUUAAAAGGGGUCAAAGGAGGGAGACAGUGGGGCAGGAGUGAAUUCCGUUUCAUUGGGGCAAGCCGGGGAACUGGUUCGGGAUGAACCUGGCUAUUGUUAUGCAGUCAUUCUUACACACUUUUGCACUUUUUAAAAGAAAUACCAUUUGGGAUUUGUGUUGGAAGGCCUGGCUCAGUUUUCCUCUAGCCAUUCUUCAUAAUGUCAUUCUUAUUUAACAGUCCAUUGCUUUGGUAAACUGACCAGGUCUAGCUAUGAAAUUGAGUGACUGUGGCUUUUUUUCUUUUUCUUUUAAGGAGCCAGUGCCCUAUUAUUGUAUGUAUGUAUGUAUGUAUAUAUAUAUAUCUAUUUUAGCUCAUGGUUUCCGUAAAGAGUCUUUAAAAGGGAAUAUUGAUGCACCAUUUGCUUUUGAACAAAGAAUUUAAUGAAGAUUUUAAAACUCCUGUGGUAAAACUGCCAAGUGGAACAUGAACGUCAAAUGAUGUUUAAAAGGAAAACACUACAGUUGCCUUUUCUCCUAUCCUGUUUUAUGAUGUUUCCUCCUCGUCCUGAAUGGAAAGAUUCUGGGAAGACUUUUAGACAUAGAAGAUCAUGAAAGAAGCUACUUUUGUCCUGUAAAACUUCAGGAAACUCUUAAAGAACACUGUUGUAUGAAUGUUAAUUUUAACCAACUAAAUUCUUUUUAACUAAAGAUGCAGUCUGUGCUAAUAACCAGCUCUGUUUACAGUCUUCUUAUAACUUUGUGUCCUCAGCCUCCUCUACGCCGUUAAGCCAUACUCAGGUUUCAGUCAUGGUCGUCUCUUUGGGAAUCUUGCUUUCUUUUAAAAAUGGCAAAUGCAGACGAGAACGUGACUUCCGGGUGUGCAAAACACCCCCAAACCGCACAGCUGAGUUGGGGGUAACUCUUGUUUUUAUGAACGGUUUGUGUUCACUUGGGCAGCUGAGGUUGUGUGGUCUUUUCUCUGAUUCUUUAAGGGGGGGGGGAAACAAACAAACACCCAAUUCUGGAAUUUUUGCUUUUUGGUGCUUGGAUGGGAUCUCUGGUACCAGGUCAGCACAUUGAGCUACCUUGGAUUGCAAGGCUUUUCCAUCUGUGGGAUACUCUGUGGAGGAUGAGAGCAGUGUCCCAGUUGCUGGUGAGCUGUGCAGUCUUCAGGGGCUGUGUGUCGUAUAGAAACGCCAGUGAUGGUAAAAGAUGGGAAGGUCUCCCUCCUGCUUUCUCCUUCCUGAACUUCAGUGGUGGAUCAUUUUGCUCCUACAGAUGUUUUGGCUUUCUCCUGGUUCCACAACACAUCGCAGCAAAUGUCCCUUCCGCUAGGAGGGAGUUGGUUCUAAACUUCUGGACAGCCAACAAUCUCUUGCCCUUGAUUGAGAUUUGUCCUUUGUUUUCCCCCUCCUGCCCUCAGCUGUCCUGGAAAAUUCCUUGGCUCUGAGAGCAGUGUGCAGCACGUAGGAGGAGGCAAGCCGCUUUUGACUCAUGGUGGUGUAUUUCCUGCUGGAUGAAUCUGCUUUUCAGGGGGCGCGGGGCAGGCAGAAUUAGUCCAAAUGCAGCACACGAUAGACCCAUAGGAUGCACGUCGGAUCUUCCGUAGGGAACAAAAAACUCUAAAAAUAGUAUAGCAGCCGUAUUCCAGGUGUUUUCUCCCAAAAGUGAUUCUUCCAGUCAAUAAAUGUGUUUAUUACCUCUCAUUUCUUCUGUGCACACCAACAGAUCACUUCCAAACCAGGCGAUUAAUGUUUUUGAAAAGCAGAAUAUUUCAAAAUAGUCUUACUGACCAAAUGAACCAAAGUUGUUUUUUUUUAAAUGUUAUCCUUGUACAUUUUUUCAGCCCACAAAACAGUGGUGACCUUACUACAAUUUGCUGCUAAGGAAAUACUGUAAGGUGUGGAUCAGGAAGCAAAGAGCUUAUAAGAAGAAUCUCACAUGUUCUGUUAGAAUGCCACCACAAUGCCCUGGGGAAUCCCCCCCCCCAGAGGCAUAGAUUUGGGCUUAGUUUCUGCCUUUCUGCAGCACAACUUGUUAGACGUUCCUUGUAGGAUUUCCUUGAUGUCAGUGGCUUAGAAGUAAGGAACCUGUUAGAUGGAUUCCUCGCAUCUUUGGAAAUUCUAGUUUUUUGUUCAUUAUUCACGCCCUCUGCAGGGGAAGCUGCUUUUCAAACUGGCGAGUUUCAGAAGGUGUUUAUCGUACGACUUAUUACUGUGGGAAGCAGACAAGUUAAAUCACCUUCUGUGCAGAAGGAGCACUGCUACACGCUCCCCUCCGUGAAGGAAGCCCUUCAUGUCCCAGCCAGGCUUAAGUCACGGCUGCCGGCUGCGGAGUUUUGGCUCUAAACGGAUUUUGCUCUCGGUUGAUUUAAAUUUUCAAUUGUCAGUGAAAGAUAAAUUUGAAAGAAAGAUUUUUUUUUAAAAAAACCAAAUAUCUCCCACUUAAAGUUUAGAUAUUUCCUAUGCAAGAAAGAAUUCAGAAUAAGAAUCUUUUUUUUACCUGUUUAUUUUUAAAUCCCCACUUCAAAAGAGUUAGCCUGGCUAUGGUUGCUUCGGCAUCCUUUGGAAAUUUGUUUAGGCAGGAAGUGGAUUCCCUCUGAAGGAAGAGACACAGGAUCUGGUGACCUUUUAUCAGUCUCGAUUGUGGGAGAGUUGGUGUUCCAUUUAAAGCAAGCUGGAUAUAUGCAAGGCGCGUGCGUGUAUGCAUGCGUACAUGGAUCUGUGUGUGUGCCCAGGCUAGCACAUUUCCAGAGGGACAUCUGCCUAUACUAACCCCUCGACUGAACAGUAAACCUUUUCUGGAAGUACCCCACUCCUGGGAAAAAAAAA